AGGAACUCCAAACCACGUCUCAACUGCAAAACGGAGGAGAUUUUGCAGUGGGAAGCCAAAGCUAGCCACGUUUCGGAUGUUUGCCAAAUGGAUCGAACCCAUCGCUACGUGCAGAAGCUAGGUGGGUUGGCCAGAAGAGGAAGAAGUGGGUGGACUCUGGGGGGCGGCAGCCCCCCCGAGCUGAAGGGUGAUGUGGCGAAUGAAUGAGGCUCUGCAUGCCAGGAAGAAACUUUGAAGAGCCUUUGGAAGUUUUGAGGUUUUGAAAUUUGAAGCUCCGAAAGCUGCAUGUAGAAUCUUGUCCUGCUGUGAUCAAAAUGCAGGCAGGCGUUUGCAGGCGUUUGGGUUGGGCCAAAGUAGGCCACGAACCACGGCACGCCACAAAGGCUUCGGUUCCGUUGCCUGCCUGCAACCUGAACAGAAUCACCAUUUCAUCCAAGCCCAGCAAGCUGAUGCUGGUUAGUACCUUCCUCACGACAGGGACGCCUAGGCUCUUGCAGUCAGCAGCUAUUAGAUUGCCACAGGGUGGUCGAAGGUUUGUUGUGAUGGCGGGUGUUGCACCUCCUCAGCAGAGAUCAGGCAGCCUGCCGGGUCUGGUGGACAACCCUUGGAAGCAGCAGCAGCAGCAGAUGCGGUUCGACUCCCUGGACCGUGAUGCAUCUUUCGAUGUCGUCGUUGUGGGCGCUGGUGUGGUGGGCUUGACGGCGGCCUUGGCUUUGGCAAAAGCAGGCAAGAAGGUGGGGGUGCUUGAGAGCCGCGUUGUGGCUGCCGGCCAGACUGGACGUGCUUCUGGUGACGUGACAUAUGGCAACCCCACCACCUAUGGGAAGCUGGAGAGCAUGUAUGGGGCAGACAAGGCCCGCUUGGUGGCCCAGAGCCAGGUCGCUGCGCUGGCGCACGUCAAGCAGAUUAUCAAGGAGGAGCGCAUUGACUGCAGCUACCGUGAGGUGGAUGGGUACAUCAUCUCAAAGAGCAGCCCCAGCGCCAACUUUGGGCGCGAGCUGCAAGCGAUGCACAAUGCAGGCCUGCGAGAUUGCGCCCAGGUUGACCUGGAGGGCAACCAGGCUGUUGGUGGCGUUAAGUCCGGUCUGCUGAUGCCCAACCAGGCAGUCCUCAACCCAGUGGAGUACCUGAACGGCCUUGCCGGAGCAGUGGUCAAGGCUGGGGGGCAGGUCUUUGAGAAGACGCGUGUGCGCAAGUACAGCAGCAACAACCUGACGACCAUGGGCGGACAGCGCGUGGCAGCCAGGCAGGCAGUGGUCGUGGCAACCGGCGUCCCCAUCACCAGCAAUCUUGUGGACUCUGCAGUGCAUGCCAUUGCACUGCAUGGGAAGCAGGUGGUCCGCCGGAGGUUCGCAAUCGGGCUGAAGGUGCCCAAGGGUUCUGUGAAGGACGCCAUAUUCUACGACACCGCGUCCCCACCCCACACAGUCCACUUGGCAGACGGCGGACGCACCCAUGACGUGAUGAUCGUCGGAGGGCAGGACACGGACCAGGGCAAGAAGCCGGGCGAGUAUGGUGACCCAUUUGGCCUGCUGGAGCGGUAUGCGCGCGCACGCUGGCCCCAGGUGCAGGAGCGCCUGCACCAGUGGAGCUACACGAUCACUGUGCCAAUCGAGAAGCUGGGCAUGUACGGCCAAGACCCGGUUCCCUUCAGCGGCGUCUACGUGGGGACGGGUGACUGUGGCCUGGUCCUGACUGGCGGCACAUUGGGUGGCACCAUCAUCGCAGAUGCUGUGCUGGGCCGCUCCAACCCGUACGCUGACAUUUACAGCCCCGGGCGCAAGCUGAGGGGCCUGCCGUUCAUCCCGACCCUGCACCCCAUGUAUCUGUGGAACACAAUACAGAGCGUUGUGAACCAGGUGACGCCCCAGCUGCGCAACCAGGACAUUGAGGACUUGGCCCCAGACUCGGGCUGCACCAUCCAGAAGGGCCUGCGCAAGGUCGCUGUCUACAAGGACCCACAGGGCCAGACUCAUGCAUACAGCGCGGUCUGCCCGCAUCUCGGUUGCUUGCUUCAAUGGAACCCCUCGGACAAGGAGUGGAACUGUCCCUGCCACGGGUCUUGCUUCGACAAAAAGGGUGAAAACAUUGAAGGACCGUCCACCCUGGACCUGACGCCCUUGCCUGGUGUGUUGAAGUGAAGCUUAUCUGUACCAUAAGCCUGCGUCACCAAGAUUGAGUUGAGAGGCUGCCAGAGAUCGUGGCGCAACCGGUUGAGUGUAGUCCGAGUUCCGCCAAUAUCCUACCCGGAGUCCCUAUUUCGCUAGUUCCGCCCAAGUUUUGUUUGCAUGUACAUAAGACAGCAAUUUCCGUCCAAAGCUUGUCCAAAACAUAGCUUAGAGCAGUCAAUAGCGUCACUUCGGAACUUGUCUCUGGUCAAGAAGUGCUCGCAUAUUGCUUCUUCGGAUUCUCUAAUCGAUUAUAGCCGGCCAUGCAUAGAUCGGCAAGGUGACCGAUUCUCACUAGCUACAACACUGUUGACUGCAGUCACAUUUGGCGGUGUUGCUACACCAGCCACGUUGCUUUGCUACGUGAAUUGCAGGUCAAGAAUUUGGUGUUAUCCAUCG